AUGUCGGAUAAUGAAGAACUAAGGAGCAAAUCUAAGAUCUGUGCCAAUGUGUUUUGUGGAGCCGGCCGGGAAUGUGCAGUCACAGAGAAGGGAGAGCCCACCUGCCUCUGCAUUGAGCAAUGCAAACCUCACAAGAGGCCUGUGUGUGGCAGCAAUGGCAAGACCUACCUCAACCACUGUGAGCUGCAUCGAGAUGCCUGCCUCACUGGAUCCAAAAUCCAGGUCGACUAUGAUGGACACUGCAAAGAGAAGAAAUCUGUAAGUCCAUCUGCCAGCCCAGUUGUUUGCUAUCAAUCCAACCGCGAUGAGCUUCGGCGUCGCAUCAUCCAGUGGCUGGAAGCAGAAAUCAUUCCAGACGGCUGGUUCUCUAAAGGCAGCAACUACAGUGAAAUCCUGGACAAAUACUUUAAGAAUUUUGAUAACGGCGACUCUCGCCUGGACUCCAGUGAAUUCCUGAAAUUUGUGGAGCAGAAUGAAACCGCCAUCAACAUCACCAUCUAUGCAGACCAGGAGAACAACAAGCUGCUUAGAGGACUCUGUAUCGAUGCUCUCAUUGAACUGUCUGAUGAAAAUGCUGACUGGAAACUCAGCUUCCAAGAGUUCCUCAAGUGCCUCAACCCAUCCUUCAACCCUCCGGAGAAGAAGUGUGCCCUGGAGGAUGAGAUGUACGCAGAUGGAGCUGAGACCGAGGUGGACUGCAACCGCUGCGUCUGCGCCUGCGGAAACUGGGUCUGCACAGCCAUGACCUGUGACGGGAAGAAUCAGAAGGGGGCCCAGACCCAGACAGAGGAGGAGAUGACCAGAUAUGUCCAGGAGCUCCAAAAGCACCAGGAAACAGCUGAAAAGUCCAAGAGAGUGAGUACCAAAGAGAUGUAGUGAGGAGGCAUCUGGGAAAGGUGUCCAGAGCCCGGCACCGUCUCCUCCACUUCAGCGCUGAGUUCAGUAUACACAAGUGUCUGCUACAAUUGCCAAAUCACCAGUAUUUGCUUGUAUAGCAACAAAUUUUAUUUUGUCUAUUUGUUUUGCAAUAAAGGAAAAGAGAGUGGCUGGCUAGGAGGGGAAAGGCCAUAGCCUUCAUUGCUAGGAGUGAGUUGAGAGAAACUGUAAAAUGGGGCUCAGGGGUUGGAGGCAAGUAAGGAAACUGCAUCAGGGCUGGGAGAGGAGCAGACCCAGAUGUGAACCACUUCUGAGUCUACCACAGCUAUAAGCACGCUGCAGGGAGGGCAGGCAGUGCCAGAGAGAACUCAGCCGACUAUCCCUAGAGGAGGGGUUUGGGCAGCUCAGUGGAGCACGCACUCUGCUUCCAGCCCUUUCUGUUGCCGUCAGCGUAACAGACUCCAGCAGCUUUGCUUCUCGUGGCCCCAGCCAUUGCCUCUCGAUACACAGCUGUCUUACUCGUUACCCAGUGACCCUCAGACUUGAUGGAGUGUCUGGGAGGGUGCACCCAAAUGAUACAGAUACUUGUGGACUCUCAGCCCCUAACCAAAUUUUUAAAAUACUUUUUACCAAAGGUGCUAUUUUUCUGUAAAACUUUUUUUGGCAAGUUGACUUUGUUUUUCAAUGAUCAUUAUAUUAUUGUUGUUGUUCUUUAAUAUUUUAUUUUGACUAGAAAUUAAGCUUUUGUAAUUAUUUUUCAGUAGUCCUACCAUUUCAGAGGUGAAGGAGUUCAGGGUUCUUCCUGGUGCAGGGAUCACUCUAACCCAGGCUUCCCACCCUGCUGCAUAGUAGCUGCAGCCCAGAGUUCAUGCCCCUGGCUUCCAGUGGCUCCACAGUUGGCCCGAGGAGCAGCGGGUGCCUCAGACAGAAGCCAGGGGAAGAGAAGUGUCUCCAUACAAAGCUUUCAAGCUCCAAGAGCUAAUUUGUUUUCAGUUAUUUUAAAUUCACGCAAAUCAGUAUUUCAAAGGAUGGAGACAAGUGCAGCCAAGCAAGGGUUAGAUAUCCCAGCCUAUCAAUAUGCUCGUUGAUCCACCACGAACUAGGAGAGUGACUUUGGUCCUGGCUCUUCCUAUUUCUGGGCCUGUUUCUCAGUGCGCAGGCAGGAAUGCAUUGACCUUUCGAUUUCAUAACUUGUAAAGUCUCUGGUUUCAGAGGAGCCAGGUCCCUGUGAUUUUCCUUCUUCUUAGGAUAAAUGAAAAUUUGUUAUAACAAGAAGAUUCAGACAGCCAAAAACAAGAUGACCAAAUCCGACCUCAGUCUGAGUGGCCGCACAGGCUGUGCUGUGAUGCAGAGCCCUCUCGGGUAAACCCUGCCCUGGGAAAGAGUGGGAAAGAGAACCUCUCCACUGUGUCUGCACUUCUGUGUUUCCUCUUUAACCUUGGAAACAGCGGGCUUACCAUUUAGAUGAGGACAAGAGGAGGUUCCCACGUGUCAAAAGAGGGGGAAAGUGGAAAUUUAAUCUUAAAAGUGUGAUUGGUAAGAAGUCAGUCCUUCCUGUGUCUUUUGGCCUGUGUAGGUAUUAACCCCACUCAGUACCAUAUUUAACAAGCAUUAAGAAUAACAAAGAUUAAAAACUUGACAUGAGAUCUAAUUUUCAGAAGGCAGGUUACAGACCAUUGGAGGGAAAUUAUGUACUGCACAGGCAGCUAUCAGAAAGUUGUACCGGAGAAGAAAUGGAAUUUUUUCUAAACAACUUCCUUUCCUUUGCAAGGAGAACAUUCCACUUUGUUUAGAAUUCUGAGCUUUUAUCUACCAUCCCACUUAAAAGUUCCCUUGGAACCCUCUUGUGCAGCCUGAAAUGCACCUCCCUGUCCAAGUGCCUUGGGGAACCCCCAGCCGCACGGCUUGAUGGAGUCUGCCAGCACUUGGACACCACAGGAGUGAGAGCAGGAGAGCCAGUUUGUAAAGCAAGGAACCAGAGUGUCUCCUUCCCAGUUACAUUUAGGACAAUGGUUGCCAUCCCAGACUUACCCUACCCUGCAACACUGAAUUCCCAAGAGCAAAUCUGCAUUCCUUCUGUAAAUAGGGGAGCUAUUGUCUGCACCAUUGAAUCACAUGAUCUGAUGACCAUUCAUGGAAAGCUGCUAAAUAGCCUAGUUUGGGGAGUCUUGCAUGGAGCAAAUAAUCAGGAUUAAACCAAGUUCAGUUCCUCCAGCUCUCUAAAUGCACAGGGCUUAGUCUGCAAGCUUCCUUGGGCUUCCUCUGUGUACAUGGUCUUAUAAACAUAUUAAUUACAGCAUCUGUUAAGAUCCAGUGUCCAUGGAAACCUCACAAGCCAUGACUCUGGACUCCAUCACUGUUUUUGGAAAGCAGGGCUCCUCCACCUGCCAAUAAAUCCACGUGAACCAGUUGAAUGUCUUUCCUUUACACUUAUGUUUUUAAACAGUCAAAUCUCAAGAAGCAAUUUGAACAGGUUUCCGUUGCCUAUGUGUCUGUGAAAUGCAUUUGUAUUUAGUAGGCUUCCAUAUUGCAUUUAACUUGUUUUUGUAACUCCUGAUUUCUUUUUUUUUUUUUUUUGGAUAUUCUUGAUAAAUAAAGAAAUUAAAAAUAA